GGCGCAGCGCCCCUGUUUGUCGGCGCCUGAGACGGGAGGAGGCUUCGCCGAAGCCAAGACCGAGGCGGAGCCGGAGCUGAACGGACUUUACUCAGGCCCAGAACGAGGCGCCAGUACCUUACGGACCGCGGGGCCCUGGGGUGGAUGGAAGAGGCCGAGCACUGAGAUCAACGCCGGCCCGGCCGGCCUGGCGCUGGGCCCACAGGGUGGGUAGGCAGGCAGGCGUGCCGAAGCCGCCCAGGGCCUUCCCUCAGGUCCCAGGCCCUCGGGACCCGAGUCCGACACCAGACCUGAAGUGGAACCCCCACCCAAAGCUAUAGGCCAGUGACUAGGCCGGGUCCGGGCCUCCCGACGGGGCCGGACUGGAACGAGGCCCCGGGGAGGCCCCUAGCUCACCAGACCCUCCCCCUCCUCCGGCCGACGCCCUUCGGGAAGAUGCAGCGCGCCCUACCGGGCGCCCGCCAGCACUUGGGGGCCAUCCUGGCCAGCGCCAGCGUGGUGGUGAAGGCCCUGUGCGCCGCGGUGCUGUUUCUCUACCUGCUCUCCUUCGCCGUGGACACAGGCUGCCUGGCAGUCACCCCGGGCUACCUCUUUCCGCCCAACUUCUGGGUCUGGACCCUGGCCACCCAUGGGCUGAUGGAGCAGCACGUGUGGGAUGUGGCCAUAAGCCUGGCCACAGUGGUGGUGGCCGGCCGUUUGCUGGAGCCCCUCUGGGGGGCCUUGGAACUGCUCAUCUUUUUCUCAGUGGUCAACGUGUCUGUGGGGCUGCUGGGGGCGUUCGCCUACCUCCUCACCUACAUGACUUCCUUCAACUUGGACUACCUGUUCACUGUCCGCAUCCAUGGCACCCUGGGCUUCCUAGGUGGUGUCCUCGUGGCACUCAAGCAGACCAUGGGGGACUGUGUAGUGCUGCGGGUACCCCAGGUGCGCGUCAGCGUGGUGCCCAUGCUGCUGCUGGCGCUGCUACUGCUGCUGCGGCUCGCCACACUGCUCCAGAACCCGGCUCUGGCCUCCUAUGGCUUUGGGCUGCUUUCCAGUUGGGUGUACCUUCGCUUCUACCAGCGCCACAGCCGGGGCCGAGGGGACAUGGCCGACCACUUUGCUUUCGCCACCUUCUUCCCUGAGAUCCUGCAGCCUGUGGUGGGGCUGUUGGCAAACUUGGUGCACGGUCUCUUGGUGAAGGUAAAGAUAUGCCAGAAGACAGUGAAGCGCUAUGACGUGGGUGCCCCGUCCUCCAUUACCAUCAGUCUCCCAGGCACAGACCCUCAGGAUGCCGAGCGGAGAAGGCAACUGGCCCUCAAGGCCCUCAAUGAGCGACUGAAGAGAGUGGAGGACCAGUCAGUCUGGCCUAGUAUGGACGACGAUGAAGAGGAGGCCAGGGCCAAGAUGGACAGGCCCCUGCCCUCAGACAAAGCCCCCACACCCCCAGGGAAGGGGGCCACCCCGGAAUCCAGCCUAAUCACCUUUGAGGCAGUUCCCCCGAAGCUGUAACUCCAGACCAUUCUGAGGGCAGCACCUUCUCUCCCACACCCCCCUUGCCAUCCCCUCAUCUACUCUAGGGCACCAACUGCUCUGAGGGGAGGGAAGAAGGCCUGCUGGGAGUUUCCAUGGCCUUCUGCUGUUUCUCACCAACACUACCCAGACCUCUUGCUACCUGGUUCCAACUCAAGACAACCACUAUGCCAGGCAUGGAGUCUCGGAGGCAUCAGCUAGUCCAUGUCCCAAUCUGAGGUAAGACUGUGCCUCAGCAGGCAGCCCCAAGCAAGUGACUGCAGGGACACUUGCCACAGCUCCUGGGCCGGCCCUCAUGCCUAAAAUUGGUUGCCAAGAGCCCUGAGCCAAGGCAAAGAUUUGCCAAAAAUAUUCUGGGAGCACAGGCAGUGCACCCCCAAAAAGACUGUGUUCAUGUCAGGAUUUCUGCUUCCCUCUACUGUGGCUGUGGCUGCUUCUGGGGUGGGACAGCCACAGCUCCCAGGUGUUUUCUACAGGACCACUUGAGCAGGCAGCCAAGCCAGCCUUGCAGUAUCAAUAAAGCAGUUCUUUGAGAUGUG